GACAGUUUUCGCUCCAAAAGUAGAAAUCAUACCGCAAAUGAAGAAAAGAAAAAUCACGAUCAUCUCGCAGGACUUAUUUGAAUUCAACAGCCAGUCUGAACGCAGGCAUCACUCUUGACGAUUCGAGGAGACGUUGUCGUAAACUAAUAUGAUUGGUUAAGGUCAACUUUACGUCAUCCGCGGCGUCCAAUAGCCUCUCGAUGUUGAACGUUUGUUGACAUUUGAUUGGAGAGCUCGGUGCUUCGUUAACGUAAACCGAGAUUAGUUAACGCGAGUCUCGAAUCCUUUACAGUCUGAUUCUCACAACGAUAAAUAGUCUCCUAUUUGUAGCAUGUGUUGACUUUUCCAGUCGUAAACAGCAGUCAUGGUAGAGCCAACAGCACACUCAUUUCCAUCCCUGAAAGAGGAGCUGGAAUACUGGAAAGAACAAGCACAAAAGCACCAGCAAAGGGCGGACGAGGCUCAGGAAGAGCUGCAGGAAUUCCAGCAGAUGAGUCGAGACUAUGAGGCGGAGCUGGAAACGCAGUUAAAGCAGUGCGAAGGUCGGAACAAAGAACUGCUGCUGGAUAACAACAGACUCCGCGUGGAACUAGAGAGCAUCAAGGAGAAAUUCGAGGCCCAGCAUUCAGAGGCCUUCAGGCACAUCUCAACACUGGAGGACGAUCUGGCCGAGACCAAGGCGGUCAGAGACCAUCUGCAGAAGUACAUCCGGGAGCUGGAACAGUCCAAUGAUGACCUAGAGAGGACUAAAAGGGCUACCAUCAUGUCUCUGGAGGACUUCGAGCAGCGCAUGAACCAGGUCAUCGAGAGGAACGCUUUUCUGGAAAGCGAGCUGGACGAGAAGGAGAACCUGCUGGAGUCUGUACAGAGACUGAAGGAUGAAGCCAGAGACCUCCGCCAGGAGCUGGCUGUCCGUCAGAAGGAGAGACGGCCGUCCAGCAGCCUGGGCAAAGACUCAGAGAUGCUGUGCUCCUCUCCGCCCAAUCCGUCCAUCCCCAUCACGCCCUCCAAACCCGUGGGCUUGUACAUGACGCCACCUGCCUCCAGCAUCCGCAGGGGAGACGGUCUAACAGGAACCCCUCUAACUACAUCUGCUAGAAUAUCUGCACUGAACAUUGUCGGGGAGCUGCUGAGAAAAGUUGGGAAUUUGGAGUCGAAGCUUGCGUCCUGUCGAGACUUUGUCUACGAGACAUCCUCCAACAGACCGGCGCUCUCCGCCGGCCCCUGCAGCCCUUCAGGUUUAGACGCGGGUCCUGCGGUCCAGGCCAGCAGCUUCAGCCCUCCUCCUCAGUACGACAGUCUGGUGAAGCGGUUAGAGUUCGGACCGGCUCCUCCCAGAGUGGUGUCCCACAGUCCCCAGUCUCCACAGGGAGGGGUCAAGAUCCUGCUGUAACAUGGUUCUGCAGAACCCGGUACUCUGAGCUCAGCUUGUGUGCCCUAGUUGAACAGAGAGAGCUCCGUUCUGAGAUCAGGAGAACGCAGAGCGACUCCGCCCAUCAGUGCAUGGACUCCUGCUGCCUUAGGCUCAACAUAUAACCACAGAAAGCUGCUCCACGUUCUUAACGAGCCCACCGCUCAUCUCUUCCACUCUACCUACGCUGCCGUCUGCGUCGACGCUUCCUGUGAUGGAUCAAAGCACACCUGACUCUGACUUGGUGAAGCCGCUGCGCCUGCCUAUAUCGAUCGCGACCUACGCGGGGGGAAGAGCGACGGCAAUCACAGCCGUCUGGGCGAUGAGCCUGGUACAUGGACCAAGAACCUGAACUUGGGUUUUAGCUGCAAGUUAAAACCCAAGUUUUAACUUGGGUUUAACCAAACUGAAGCUGUGAUUAAACAUAAACGGAUAUAAA